GUAGAGAGUUGAACCAUAGUUGGGUGGAUGUUUCCGUCGUGGUGACGUCAGAGCUGACUGGUGGAGCGAAGUGAAUGUAUUUUGUCAAUAAGCGAGUGACAAUUAUAAAGAGAUUCGGGGGAUUAAGUUGAAGAAUAUUUAUAAUUAUGGCUGAUAAUGAGCAAAAAGCCAUACAGCUGAUGGCUGAGGCUGAGAAAAAAUUAACCUCUUCGAAAGGUAUCUUUAGCUCUCUUUUUGGAGGAACAUCUAAGGUAGAAGAAGCAGUAGAAUGCUAUCAACGUGCAGCAAACUUGUUCAAGAUGGCCAAAAAAUGGGGGGCAGCAGGAAACGCAUUCUGUCAAGCUGCCAGUCUUCAUGGUAAAGCUGGAAGUAGACAUGAUGCUGCUACCAACUAUGUGGAUGCUGCCAACUGUUAUAAAAAAUCAAAUCCAAAUGAGGUAGUUGACUGUCUUCUAAAAGCAAUAGAAAUAUAUACCGAUAUGGGAAGGUUCACGAUGGCUGCUAAACAUCAUCAAAGUAUAGCGGAGAUGUAUGAAAGUGAAUCUGUAGAUCUUGAAAGAGCGGUACACCACUAUGAGCAGGCAGCAGAUUAUUUCCGAGGUGAAGAAAGUAACUCAUCUGCAAAUAAGUGUUUGCUCAAGGUGGCUCAGUAUGCCGCUCAACUCGAAAAUUAUGACAAAGCAAUUCAGAUUUAUGAACAGGUUGCAUCCUCAUCAUUAGAAAGCUCCCUACUAAAAUAUAGUGCAAAAGAGUACUUUUUCCGUGCCGCUCUAUGCCACCUCUGUGUGGAUGUUCUUAAUGCUCAACAUGCCAUUGAACGUUAUCAAGAACAAUACCCUGCCUUCCAGGAUUCUAGAGAGUAUAAACUUAUAAAGACGCUCAUCGAGCACCUGGAAGAACAAAAUUUGGAAGGUUAUACUGAGGCAGUUAAAGAGUACGACUCCAUAUCACGGUUGGAUUCCUGGUACACAACCAUUUUGUUGCGUAUCAAGAAACAGGUCAACGACAACCCAGAUUUGCGCUGAUCUCUUCAUCAUUUCACACCCAAUAUGCCAUUAAUAUCUUCCCACUCCAAUUGUGCACAUCUUCCUCUCAUAGCCAGGCUUGUAGAAUAUCUUCAAACCCUAGCGUCUUGAAGGUAUCAAUAAUAUUGUUUUAUCAAAACUAAUUCACAAAAUUUUUUCCAUUACUAAAAAUAUAUAAAACAUGAUAUACAUAGAAUUAAAACAUUGGAGCAGAUUUAAGAGUAGCAAAUCGUUUACAUCAGUCUGAUCGCUAGUGGAUUCAUAUUUUCCCUUUAGUCUUAUUACAUGAAAAUGCAGUAUGGUAUACCUGUAGCACCUGAUUUAACUUGGAACCAAUAUUAUUACAUUUUUGUAAUACUGUUAAGUUUGUAGCUGGCAAACAUUUAAUGGCAAACGUUUCGUCUCGCAUUUCGCUUAUGAAUCUUUAUUACAGGAUAACUACUAAAAGUAGCUUGGAGGCACUGUUAGCAUUAAAGCCUCGUUAGGUUGUUUAUAACGUUUAGAAGAUCUGCCUGGAAUGCACUCAAGGCAGUUUAAAUGUAAAUUUUUAAUUUAAAUUAAAGUUGUAACUUACAGGGGAAA